AACGCCGGCACAUUGCCUGCCUCAGAACAGAACACACCGGCUGCGUGAGCGGGGAAGCACAGCAUCUUUUCCAAUUCCUUGAUUCUGGUCUCUAAUGGGCAAAAAUCUUUGUAAAUGCUUUUUAAGAUCACUCGGUUGAGCAAAUCACACACUGGCCCUGGCCUUGAGGCUUAUCUGAAAGGAUUUAACUUCACUGGGGAGCCACCUUGGGUCUGCUGAACCUCUGACAUUUGAUAAUUCCAUCUCUUUCUGUCCAAUUUCUUUUGCAAGUGGAACUUGAUUUGUCACCAUGACUUCAUUCAACGACUUUGAAUUCACUCUCCUGGAGGAGGGGUUCUGUGCACGGGACAUUGUUGAGCAGAAGAUCAACGAGUCUACCUCAGAUGACAAGGAUGCUUUCUUUGUGGCAGACCUGGGGGAUGUCCUUAAGAAGCACCUUAGAUGGGCACGCUCCUUGCCUCGUGUCACACCUUUCUAUGCUGUGAAAUGCAAUGAUAGCAGGGCUGUUGUAAAGACACUGGCAACGCUGAGAGCGGGAUUUGAUUGUGCAAGCAAGGCUGAGAUCCAGCUUGUGCAGUCUCUGGGAGUGGAGCCCAGUAGGAUCAUUUAUGCCAACCCAUGUAAGCAGGUGUCGCAGAUCAAGUAUGCUUUUGCACACGGCGUGCAAGUGAUGACCUUUGAUAGUGAAGUGGAGCUGAUGAAGGUUGCUCGUAGCCAUGACAAUGCCAAACUAGUGUUGCGUAUAGCUACAGAUGACACUAAGGCAGUGUGCAGACUGAGUGUGAAGUUUGGAGCCACGCUGAAAAACAGCAGGCUGCUUCUGGAGCGGGCAAAGGAGCUGGGCCUGGACAUCAUUGGCGUCAGCUUUCAUGUAGGCAGUGGCUGCAAUGACCCAGAGUCAUUCAGCCAGGCCAUUGCAGAUGCACGCUGUGUCUUUGACAUGGGGGCUGAAUUGGGCUACAAUAUGACUCUGCUGGACAUCGGUGGUGGCUUCCCUGGCUCUGAUGAUUGCAAGCUGAAGUUUGAGGAGAUUACUGCUGUGAUCAACCCUGCACUGGAUAAGUACUUUCCUGCAGACUGUGGCGUGAGGAUAAUUGCUGAGCCUGGCCGAUUCUACGCAGCCUCUGCAUAUACACUAGCUGUCAACAUCAUUGCUAAAAAAGUCAACAUGAUUGAGGAGUCUAGCUCUGAUGAUGAAGAUGACGGGACCAGUGACAGAACUAUAAUGUACUACGUCAAUGAUGGUGUUUAUGGAUCUUUCAACUGCAUCUUUUUUGAUCACGCACAUGUGUUUCCCAUUGUGCACAAGAAACCCAAGCCUGAUGAGCACAUGUACCCAUGCAGUAUUUGGGGUCCCACCUGCGAUGGCCUGGACCGCAUUGUGGAGCUGUGUACUCUACCUGACCUGCAGAUCGGAGACUGGCUCCUGUUUGAAAACAUGGGUGCUUACACCGUGGCCGCCUCGUCCACCUUUAAUGGCUUCCAAAAACCAGACAUCCAUUACGUCAUGUCCAGAUCAGCUUGGCAAUGCAUGCAGCAGAUUCAUGCCCAGGGGAUGCCAUCUCUGGUGGAGGAACAGAACCCUGUGAACAUGCCAGGCCACUGUGGGCAUGGAAGCACCCUGGAGCUGCCUGCUAAGCCCUCUGCCACCUGUGUGCUCUAAGUCAACAUAGAUGCAGUACAGAGAGGUGCUGUGCUACCUUAGUUUGUUGUGGUGCCCAGUUCACAAUGACCCUUGUAAUUGGUCCAUGGUGCAUGUGCCUGAAAUAUAGCAGAUGCACAAAUUUACUUUUUUUUUUUUCCAAUUUUUUUUUUUUAUUCUAAAUAUGUCCUUGCUUCCUUUUUAUAUAGUUGCUUAACCAGAGAAUAGAGAAGAACAUUGAUGUCUUUCUAUUUCCUGUGUUCAGUAGUAGUUUCAGGGAUGUGAUUUUUCCGCAAAUUCGCGGAAUUCCGCUUUUUUCACCUCAAAACUUGGAAAAAAAAAAAGUUUCCGAUUUUUCCCUCAAAUCCACAUUCGUAUCCUAUUCGUUCCGACUUUGUUUGAAAGAUGGCAGCCUCGGAUUUGCAUCUUUAUGCCUCGAUCACGGAAGCUGCCAUCUUUCAACUCCGUUUGAAGCGAGCGCGUUCAUUGGUUGUUACAGAGCGAUGGGCCAAUCACGUACCUCAUUUCAUCUCAUU